CCAGCGAAAGUCAUCAGAUCCUUUUUCAACUUUCAAUUAUACACACAAGAACGUUAAAUUCAAGUUAACUUUCAGCAGCCCAGCUCAUCAUGCUGGCCUUCCGCGUCGCCACUCUCUGCUGCUUCCUCUUGCUCGUUGCGCUGGCCACGAGUGCCAAGAUUCCGCCUAAGAAGGAGCAUUCCGAGUCCUCUAGCGUUGAGGAGAGCAACGAAUCUUCCAGCAGCGAAGAAAAAGAUUCGAGCGAAGAAGUUGUAAUCAUCCCGGAGACAACCACAACAUCACAAGCCCCGACCACCGCUGAAGAGAUUACUAUUACUCCAGCUCUAGUGGAUCCUCUGACGAGUUACUGCAAAUCCUUGGCGAAAUUCUUGGCAAUUAACCUGAAUCCGUAUGGUUAAUAAGGUUCCGUUUAAUUCAUUUGUUGGAUGAUGAAAACCUUUUGGCAGAACUGUCCGACUAUACCACGAAUUUCGACAUCCACAAUUGAACUGAUACGACUUCACCCGCAAUUUGCCAUAGACUACAACUAUAAAGAAAUCCGGAUGUCCAAUUUUUAAACGACGAUCUUGAUUAAAUUUGGUUUUAUUCAUCCCCCAAAAUAAAAAUUCUUAUUGUUAAAACAAUUGUUGUCUAUUAUGUACACAGUCGACAGUAGUAUUUGAAAUGUUAUUAUCGUUUAUUAAUAUGCACAUUUUCUUAACUACAGAAAUUUGCAAAUGUAA